AGGAGAAAAAGAGGCUGGUGAUAAGAUGGCUUCCACAAAGGGAGAGAGCCUCUAGCAUAAUUGUCUUUUGAGACAAAUAGUCAGACUGUUCGGAGACAUUGCCUGCGAUGAGUGAUUUUCAGAAACAGUGACUUGGUGGAGUCAUGGAACAAUCAAUGAAGGUUAACUGUGCAAAGGAUUUUCAGUUAAAGGAUUGUAUAUGCCAUUCCACUAAAGUCUUAAGUGUUGAUCAAGUCAAUGAAGUCUUGCAACCUCUAUGUGUGACAGAGCAUGAUCUUCAAUAUCAUCAGCCAACAACAUGAACUCCUCCCAGAAGAGAAGUAAUUUGCUUUCCAGCCAUGAAAAUGCAAGGUUGGUGUGGCCAUGGAUGAUGGGAGAAGUCGUGCAUUCUAUUCCUUUUCCCAGUAGUCUAUAAUUUUCUUGCAUUGGCAGGCCAGACUGAAAAGGAGCACAUUAAAGGCAUCCCAGGAGAGCAUGGCAGCCUGCAAAAGCCUAUGGGAAGGUAGAGGAGGGGAAAUAUAGACAAUAUUUGCUGAAAAAUAUAGACAAUACCCCAAGAGAGUAUACAUGAAGAAACAGUGGAAAAUAAAGGCGAGUCAAGGAAAAACACACAAAGUUUAAGUGUUAGCUUUACUGAAAGCAACUAAUGUUUAGGUUACUUGAUAUGUAAAAAUUUAAAAGUUUCCAUAUUUAUCUGACCAGUUUGUAUCCCAUCAUGUUUUGAUAUGAAUUUUAGAUGCUACUUGCAUACAAAAGAAGAGUAUCAAUAUAAUAAUAUACGUUUGCUUUACAGAUUCGUCUUCCCAUUAUCAUCUCUGAACACCAGUUAAAAAAUACAGAAGCACCAUAAAGACAAGUUAUGUAGAAAAAUAUUUUAUUAGAUAAAGAGGAAGCCCUAAAAAAAGUCCAUUGCUUUUAUCAGAAUAUUUUUAUUCCUUUGUUGUCUUGUGAAACUAUACAGAGUGUUCUUGGUGAAAAUCAAGGAUGAUUAGGAGAGCAGAUCAAAGCAAGCAUAUUUUCCAGAGUGAAGUCAUCCACAGUCCUUUGAUAGACUUUGUUAAUACAUGUGUAUAUGUAAUUUUGUAUGCCAGGGCAUUCAGAUAUGCUUCCCUUCAGGUUUAUGAGUUUUUAGUUUGAGUUUUCUAGUUUAAUUUAUUGUUUUUAUUAGAUGAUUAUUAGUAGAUGAUGUCUGUGCUAUCUAGAUGGCUAGAAUAAUGCCUAAAAUUUGUUGGCAGUAGCACUUCUUUCCCUAUCUAUCCCAAAUUCAAUUAAAAUUCUAUUUUUGUGAUAUGUGGCAAUCUAGAAUACUUGUGUUACAGUAAUUCAAGAUAUAAUUACUUUAAUCUCACAUAAUCCAGAUACAUCUAAGAAACAUAUUUUGAGUUACAAAUUUUGUUUUCUAAUAUUGAAAGUAACAUAUGUACAUGGAAACUAAAUUAGAAAAGUUUGUUUCAUAUUACUUUUAUGCUAUGUAAUGCUCUCUGUUAGAUUGGUAUUACUUAAACUGUGCUUAGAAUUUAAAAAAUUGCCACUUAAUGUAUAAUUAACAGAGUUAUUUGUUGGAGUCCCUUUUAUCAUAGAAACCUGUGUUUAGGUUUUUAUUUUGUCUGAUAAUGAAAAAAACAAGAGAACAAAUAUUAGGGUAAAGACUGCAUUUGUGGUGAGAGCUAGCUAGUAUUUUUAUCAACUUUACUUUCUGCUCCAAAAGUUUGGGUAAAAGGUGAGUGUAGAGACUCAGGAUAACCUCACAGCUUUGUAGCCUUAGAAAUGGUCAGGAACCAGGAAUGCUUUGAUUUUGGGGACUACAGUUUCCAGACAGCUAUCUCCCUACAAACCAGGGCUAGGAGGAGAAUGUCAAACACAAGGAAGCAGGUAAAACUGAACAUGUAAUUUUUGUGUUUAAACAAAGAAUAUUAAGAAAUUAUUAAGGGAAUUGCUACAAGAAUGGUGAGUACUUUGACCUCUUUGCCUUCUGCUAGAUUGCAUGUCCUCUGGUGUAGAACAUGAAAAGAACAUGAGAGGUCUCCACAGACAGUUCAGUCUCCAACAUGUUACUCAGUACAGACACCGGCUGCCUUUUAGUGGACAUAAGUACUUUUUCAGCCAGGAAAUUCUACAUAACCAUAACGUCAUAGCGGGGCAAAUCUGUUGGAUUUGUGUCUCAAGGAAUGAAUAAAAUAAUCGUUUUCCUCAAUUAUUUUUCCUACCCCAGCAGGAUAGGGAAAGUUGGUUGGUUUGUUUCUCAGUUUUUAACAAAGGUCAUUCUGGUCCCUUUGUGUCUCCUUAUAUUUGAGCAACUGGCACACUGAUGCAGGGAUACAGCAAGCACAUUUUUGCUUCUCUCUGUAGCACCAAACAGCGCCUGCAGUAGUUACUGGUCUUCCUUGGGGCAUUUGGAGACUGCAGCAGAGGUGUGAAGAGAGUCAGGGCUCUGGUCAGGAUCCUUCUGCUGUGCUCAGGGAGGAACAAAGAUGUUGCUACCACAUAUUCCAUUGGUGUUAAAAUGAAGCAAGCAGACAGCUUGGCUUAAAUACAAGGUAUUCUCUCCUGCCUCCCCAGCUGCCUCUCUGAAUUCUCCCUGAUGUUUGAGCAUCUUAUUUAGUUCCAUUCACCCUCCUACACCGAUUUUUUUUCUCCCAAAGAUUUCUGCUGUGUUGUGGAGCAUGUAACUGUGAAAACUGAAGUUCAGAGCACUAACACCACGAGCUUCUGAGUGUAAGUCACCGUUUUUUAAUGCCUAAGAGAAAAAUAAUGAACUGAUUUCUGUACAUAAAGGAAACAUUUCUGUCUAAAAGUAUAUCCUGCAUGAAGUACAUAGCUAGAUAUAUGGCCAAUGGGCCAUUUAUUUUAGAUAAGUAAUGCAUAUAUUUUAUGCUAAUUAUUUGCACAGAUGUUAAUUCCAUGGGAGACAAAUUAACCAAUAUCCUCAAGUAAGUUAUGCUUAGCAUUCUUGGUAUCAUUAGGUUAGAUUUCAUGUCAAAAGAUAGAUUGUUAUGCUUUUUUAUGAAGGAAAAAGUACCAUAAAAAAUUGCACAUAGUGUAAUCACAGGUAUUGAAGGUGUUGAAGUAAAAAUAUCUCUGUGCAGUGACAGACAAAGGAAGACCUUUUCUGAUAGAGAUAACUGUCUUUUUUCCUUUAAAGUUGGUUCAUUUUUUCGUGACAUGAAAUUCAGGGAGUCCAGUAGUGACUUGUUUCUUUUCUUAGUCUAUCAACUACAAAUUCAGUUGAUUUAACUAUAUUAUUUUUAUGCAAAAUGGCAAUAGAUAUUGUAACAAAUAUUCCAGCAUCACACAGUUCUCUACCAAAGCCCAACCAUUUUGAACUAUUUUUGAGAUUAGUUUGUAGUAUGUUCUUUCUUCCACUGGAGGAGUCAGAGGGUUUAGGGUGACGAAGGGGUCAUCUGGGAGAGCUCAUUGAAAAGCGAGUGAAAAGGAUGAUGUUUUAACUUAAUAUUCUAACAACAUUGUGGGGCACAUUACAGGAAAUCAGAAGUUCCCAUCUUCUGAUUCCCUUGAAUAAAGAACUGUACUUGAGAAGGCUCGUAAUGUAUCACAGCUCCCCUACUGGGGAUGAUGAGUACAACUCAUACAUAGCAUGCAGUUUCAGGAAAGAGCUGAUUAUAAAACAUUAGACUAACCUUGUAUAGACAGCUGCCACAGUGUGUUUUGCAGGUGUAAAAGGACAAAAGAAUCAAGGUUCCUUCAUUUCAUAUGCCUUGUAAUCUUGGUGUAUAACUAUAGCUUUAGCACAUGUGCAUCUUUUCAUUGUCACCACUCGCUUAUACCGCUGGUACCUAUUGUGCUCUGUAUGGUUUUUAUCCUCUAUAAUCCUUUUAUUCUCUCUGUGACUUUGCAAAUGUACUCCACAAUGCUUUGAAGAUUAAUCCCAUAAUUAAAGGACAUAGUUAAAUAAUGUAAUUCUGGCUUGCUUAUACUGAAGAGGCAUGUACAAUCUUCAACUAUUAAGUUACAUCUAAAAGUAUAUUUCACUUGAAGAAACAAAGACCAGCAAAUAUUUUCAAAAGAAGGAUUUUCAGCUUUCAUGACAUAUCAGGUAAGCAUGAAUAUCAUGUCAUAUAUUAUGCUUUGUCCGGAACAUACUUAAUUUAAGGUGUAAUGUUUAAUUCAUCUCUACUAUUUUCGUAUGACAGUAGAAACACCUGUCCUGAUUAUUAAACAGAAAAGGCUUCAUUUUCCCAGUACAUCAAGGUAAGAAACCACAAUUGAUUGAAGAGGCAGUGAUGUGCUGAAUCAUAAUCUGAAUAUCCGACAGCACAAAUUACUCCAAUUCCUAUUUGAUGCCUUGUCUGCCUAUGGAUAAGCAGGUCAUAAGCACAUUCAAGUCCUGUUUCUUCAGUUACCAAUGUGCUCUGAUAGCUGCCUUUAUUUCAGAAAGCUGUCCCACAUCUCCUGCUAUAACAAAGUCAUCCCGCUGUCUGAACAAUAAUAGACCAAGCAAUCCAGCCUGCUGCCAGAAUUCAGCAAGGCACAGAUGGAAGUUACAGUCAUCAGAUGUUUGAGCAGCAGAAUACCCUGCUUCUAGUCAUUUGUACUAAAGUGUUUCACCUGGAGGAUUACUUUAUCCACUUGAUCUCUUCAGUUUUGGCUUGAAAUGGAACCCUGGUGAUGAGUUUUAUAGUUAAUGGUCCAUCUAGGUCUGUAUAUAAUGGCCCACUAACACUUUCCUUAACUUACAGCCAUGGGGAAAAAAAUUAUGUGUUAACCUCAAAAUAUGAAUUCUGUCCUUUUUCUUUUGGAUAAAAGGAUACACCUGAUAGAGUGUUAUAGAAAUACUGAGAGAAAUCCUGUCCUGUGAGUAAAACCCUUAGGGUAGAAGGGACUGAAUCAUAACAAAUGUUUCACAGAUUGCCAAAAUACCUGUAGGAAGCAUGACCUUGUUGAAUAACUGAGCAGCACAUGUAUUUUUUAAUAAAGUCAUCAGUAUCAUAUGCAUUACUUAAAAAAGGUUGAACAAAAUACUGUAACGUGUCAACUGUGUGCAGGCUGUGUAGGGUAAGGGGGAAUUUCAGGCAAACGCAAGGAGGGCAAAAGAAACAGUGGGAAGGGUUUGAUGGAAAGGGUUUUAUUGAGUCUGAGGCCUUGACUGGAGUGGAGGGGAUCAAGAGAGAGUUUAUAAACUGUGACAGGUAAAGCUGGUCAAUGACCCAAGGAGUAUGGGCCCUGCCCAAAAGUUCUUGGCCUCAAUAUGGCUUAGAGAUCCAACGUCACUGAGCUGUUUUAGUUGAAUAAACUCUCCUACACAGAUAUCUCUCUCUUGCUUUCUUUCUCAUUCUCUGCCUGGAAGAAAAACCACUAUUUUAGUUGCCAUAUGUGAUCUUUCUGCUUUUGUCAUUCUCUGCUGUAAGGGAAAAUAAAGAAUUGAAAAGUAGUGUCCUUUCUAUGGAACAGGUAGCAGCAAUCCUGUAAUCUCUAUUUGAAAUCUAUUGAUAACUGGAAAUAGGAAUUUGAUGGUCUUUCUCUUAGAGUUUCAGAAAUGGUGCUGGACUACCAAGAUUAACUCUUUAUUCUAGUGUUUGUCCUCCUGUGUUCCUUCUGAAAUGUAUUUUCUGAAAGAAUUCCUGUUACCCUAAACUCAACUUUCUCACUUCCUGAUUACUACUCUUAGUAAGGUCAGGUUGUAGGCUGGUUUGUUAUCUGAAAAACUCUAGAAUUAGGAUCUCUUAAAGGCUGUCAGAGGCUGAAAAGUAUAGAAACAUUUCUGGUGGGAUACAGACCAGAACAGAACAGUGUUAAAGUCUGUUCUUAAAGGUCAGUCUUUUUGAUAUCCCAGAGUAAUGAGAUUCUGUCAAAGCAUAAGCCUCCCACCAACUUACUUUAAUAUCUAUAGACAUUUUUAUAUAUAUGCAUAAUUUUUCUUUUUUUUUAAUCUUUGGGCUUCUUUAGAACAGAGUGUGAAGGGAAGGUGGGGGAAACAGGCAGGGGCACACCCUAUUCAAUCUCAGAGUAGUCCAUGUUUUACACAGAAAGAGAACUAGUUUAAAUGGAGAGUAGCAAAACCACAUAGAUUGAAAUACAUUGUUCUGAGGAUACUUUUUAGAAGAUUCUGUGAUUUUUGUAAAUAAUUACUCUUCUUUGCUGAAAAGCCAGGUGUGUAUACAGGUAAAAUAAAGUGAAGCAUCAGAAUAACCUGCAGCAGACGAUGCAGUGGUCAAUUCACUGUGCUUUUUCCUGCUUUCCUGUGUCAACAUUAAACUUUCCAUUGUUUUUGAUCUCUCUUGUGGUCAUAACAUCAAGUAUGGUAAGUGCCAUUCCUGCUUACUGUAAACUGGCACAGCUGAGACACAAAAGCUCCUGACACUUAACCCAUAAUGUACAUGUACCUCCUUAGUGUACAUGUAUACAUACCUGUGUGUAUAAAGAGCCAGAUUCUAAAGGAAGGGUUUACUGUAAGAAUCUUGUAAAUCACAAUUCCAAAAUUACUUAUGUCUUUUAUGUUUCUUAGUUAUGUUCUUUCAAGAGGAAGCAGUACAUGAUUUGUCAAAGUUUUGUUUCCUUAAAACAUUUGCAUUUUAGAUAGUAAAUGUGCAGGGGUUUUUUUGCAGCCAUUGCAGUAUGUGCUCAUAACUUGUUUUGAACCCUGAUGCUGGAUUUUAAUUCUUCUCCUUUCCUCUAUUUCUGCUGUUAAACAGAAAACUUGAGACAAAAAUGACUAUUAGAGCUGAUGCAAAAUUAUUCCUGUGACAAGUAUGCAAUUGUGACUGCCAAGCAUAAAUAUUGCAAAAAUCACGCGUUUAAAGCAUGUAUGUGAGGCUACAAAUACAGAAUUUAAUUUUCUUAAAAAUAACUGCCUACCUAAAGAUUGUGGUUACACAAAUAGCUCCUUCCCGUGGAAAUGACAGGACAGGAGUAGGAUGUUCAUGCGUUGAAAAUGUGCAGCCAUCUUACUACAAAUCAUAAAUGAUUUAGAGGGCAAGUUCAGCAAAGUGACUCUUUGUACAGACAUGGAGAGAGGGAUGCUCAAACAUGAGGAAGUGUUCAAACAUUUAAAAUUUAACUGGACCUGUCUGAAAGACCGAAGAAUAAAAGCCAUCUGUCUGAGUACUGAAACUUCUGUUUGUAUGUAUGUAUGCAAGUAAUUGCUAGUGUAGAUGUUUAGCUUGCCCUUAGGUGUUUUGAAUCAUGUAUGUACCUUAUGUUGCAUCAAGAUACCCUGACUGCAAGUAGCAGUUGAAUGGUACUGCUACCAACAGUGUCACAUCCUCCUGCCCUGGUGAAAUCCCUACAUGAUAACUGCCAGCUCUAAUCCAACUCAGACUUUCAAAAUAGGAGCCCAGUGUUUGUGUACUAAUUAAAAACAGUGAAGAAAUGGGAUGGAUGGCUUUAAAGGAGAAAAGUUAAAUUGGGGUGUGCGAUUAUUUAUUUUAUGUGUAUUCAUGGCUCUAACUUCUAUUUGAGUUGAUCCAAAGGAUUGUUAUUUUAUGUAUGUAUUGCUAUAAACCUGUUUUAAAUUUCUUUCAAGAAUACAUAAAUAGUAAAUAACAUAGCUAGGAUAUUUCUUGUCUCAGCCUCAAAAACAUUCCUUUUUGCAUCUGGAAAUUUUUUGCAGACUUCUAUUUGAGAACCAUUUCUGACUAAUGAUGUAAAGCUGGCUACCCAAGUCUUGGUACUUGCAAACCUGCUACAACACUCAGGGGAAAAAUCAUGUGAAUGAAACUGAAGAGAAGCAUCAUCAGUUCUUUCACUUCUCUGCUGUAGGACAGACUGAGCAGUGCUGCUGCAUCCAGUGCUGAGCACUUCAGUCCCAGUGACAGCCCCACCACUGCAAACCCAUGCCAGGCUGUGGCCCUGCUCAGAAAGGAAAGCCAGGCAAAGACAGAAAGGAAAGGAAAUGGGGGUAAAAGGGGAUCCAGUUUCUGAGAAACUGCUGGAAAUGCUGCUGUUUCUGGACUGGGAUAUCCUGGUGCAGCCUUGCUGACCCUCAGUGCUGGCUUUUUUGGGCUGGGAUAGACUCAGGUGGCAGGAUUUCCAGGCAGCACAGACCUGCAGGAUGGGUGGGCACCAGCAGCUCUGUGGCCAAGGGGCUUCUCAUCCUCCCUGGGAAGAGAAUUGCUGUCCCUGCAGCCCUGUCCCGGCAUGAGAGCCCCGUAGCUGUGACCAAGCAAACGACUUCAGAUGUUUCCAGAAGAUGUUGAAGCAAACUGUGCUUGGGCCUCUCAGAGGAGUCAAACAGAAAGCUGAGUGAAAAGUGGUGCUGGAUAAAAACUUCUGCUGAGUGAUGGAUGGCCCAUACACAAAUACAUUACAAAUAUAUAAGGCAAGAAGCCUUCAGGGAAGUUGAACAGUCAUACAAGAAACCAGACAUUUUUGUGGGUUACAAGGUUACAAGUUGAGCCCUGGAUACCAUUUUUUGACAGUGUAUAGAUCCCACAUUUGCUUCUCAGCCAAAAUAGCAAAGACCAUGAAUUUAUCCUAGCUUCUGAACAAGAAAGAUAUAAGGCAGCCUGACAGCCUACAUUUCUCUCUGAUGCCACCACAAUAGAGAACAAUAGCCCCAGAAAUGGGAUCUUGACACUGCUGCAUGGAGGGAGAGUUUUAAUUUUUGCAACUGGAGAUGUCUAACAGACCUUCUUCUGGAUGAAACAUGACAGGGGAAGCUGCUUUCUGUGGGAAGUCUUUUCUGAAGCUUAAAAAGAAGAGAAAUAAUUGAGAUAAACAUGGAAUACGUGGGGUGUGAUUGUCUCAAGUUAAACCCUCAUAUUGGAAACAAGGACGACUGCUGUGACUCAGCUUGUCAGAACGUCAUGCAGAGCCUUCCCUUAUGGUUACAGUCCUACUGUUCUGCUCAGAGAGGGCAGCAAAGUAUUGCAGAUCUGGGAUCCAAAAGGAUCUCAACUCUGAGAUCUGUGGACUUAGCAACGAUUCUUUUUCAGCCUUUCAAUGCCUUUGGCUUUUGCUGCUGAUGGUAACAAGUUCAGCCUGAAGAGAAAAUGUAUUCCUGGACAGAAAUUCAGUGCAGUGCUCCUGCAGUCAGUGGCUCGCCAGGCAGAGAUGGUCCUAAAGGGGCCAAGAGAGAACCAGGAGAAGGAUUGAGAAGCCUGGAGAGUUUUCCUGGAAAAGUGGGACCUCCAGGAAUAAAAGGAGCUUUAGGACCACAAGGAAAGAAAGGAGAAAAAGGAGAAUAUGGAAGAAUCUUCCAAGAACAUUUCUGUGCUGAAGUCUCUGCAAUAUCUGCACCUUAUAUAGUUUCAAGUCAGCUCAGGUGUACCCAUAAAAGCUCAUAACAGCAACAACAACCGUGACAGGUGCUGUUUCCUGGGAAUUCAUGACCAGUUGGUGUCCCUUCAGUAAGAUGCAAAGCAGCUUUAUUUCACUGUGAUCAUCAGACCAUAAGAGCAGCUUGAUGAGUUUAUUGUUUUCAUUUGCAACUCUGUGUUUUCUGCCGUGUGUUUUCAGCAAGAAGUCUCUCCCAAGGACUUUGAAUUUCAAUGGCAAAUAAAAUAUUGACAAAGCUUUUGGAUAUAUAUGUUCUAACACUUAUCAGUGAGACAUUAUACAGGCCAUUUCCCGGCAAUAACAACAUAAUAAGAGCUUGGCAGGAUAUUUUUUUUUUUUCUAUCUGGAGGCUAGAUUAUUUUAAAUUGAUAACAGGGGCCAGGUGGCUAUUUAUAAGGGCAAGAUAUGAACUGCAAGCAUAUGUUUCCAAGGCAAUGUUGGCCAGUGGCUGUUCAAGCAUAAAUUGCUUCCUAUUACCACUUUUGAUAGGAGGGAUGUGGUCCAGUUCACCUCUGUGGGAACACAGUGUGGCAGGACACUUCUAUCUCUGAAAGUGCAGGACUCUUUUCACUGUUCCCAGUAAAAAAGGCAAUAUUUACUCUAUCAUGACACCCCUAAUUGAUAUUGCAGUGAGUAAUUUUGUUUUGUUGUUGAAUAAAGAUUAGGGUUUUUCCAUACUGUUAUGUAGUAUUCCCAUAGAGGGCUACUUACAUAGUGUGAAAGAUGCAAGGAGGAAUUGUAGAGUUGAUAAUAUGACCUAUAGGAUACAAAAAUGAAUUGAUGCUUUGGAAAUAAAAAUGUGAUUCCUCAAUGAUCAUAGGAAUACCAUCUCUCUAAACUUUACCUGUGAAACAGUUAAGAAACAGACCUGAAAAUCAUUAUUAUGUUGUGAAGUUAGAUUGAGAUUAUUUGUGAGUUUCUGUUUGUUUAUAAAAGGAUGAGACAGAAGCUGAUUACAGUAUGGCUAAAUUUUUACUAAACCUGGAUAAAGAAUAUGGGGAGGCAGAAGGGGAGAGUACUUGUCCUGUCUGAAGGAAGAAGCCUGUGUCUAAAAAUCUGCUAUAUUAUUGUCAAAGCAAGAGCUGCUUGAUGCCUUUGCUCAUGUGCUCUGGUUGAUUUUUUUCUCUUUCUUUUUUCAAGGCUUAGAAAUAAUGGUUCAGUCCAAAUGACUUUUCUAGCAACUUGCCUACCAUCUUCAUAUAACUCGAGAGGCUGCUUUGCUGAUGUCCCAUACUUUGCUGACUCUGAAUGUGUAGUUUAAAUCAAUGGCUUUAAUCAUAUGAUAAAGAAGGAAACUGAUAUAAUCUAAAAGCAAAGGACAAGCAGUUCUUUUGUAAACAUAGGUUUAAGUUGUAAGUUUUUUGGCUGGAGAUAAUCACUGGUUUUUUUUAAAAAAGCUCUGAAAACCUGGUCAUCUCUUUUCUUGAUAGCAUAGUUUGAAUCACUUUUCCUGGAAUGGAAAAUAAAUUGAAAUAAAUUGAAUAAAUUGCUUGAAGCCUUUUUUUUUUUAUUU